AUGGCAAGCCGCAGAAUUGUGUCGACGGAAAAGUCCAUCCUGGAGAAAGAUGACAGCAUCGGCGCCAGCCCCGCGGCCAACGAAAAGUCCAACAUUUCUCCUGCCGUGCCCGCGGACGUAAUUGUAAAGCUGCUCGCCUUUACAUUUGCCAUGAUUGUCGUGCCGAUUGGUUCAUACUAUGCUACGGUUAAUACUCUAUUCAAGGGCAACUCUACAUUUGCCGGAGCGCUGGCUGCCAUCAUGGCAAAUGUGGUGCUCAUCGCUUACGUGGUUGUCGCUUACAAUGAAGACCAGAGCGAGCAGUUGGAAGAUAAAAAGAAAGAUACCAAGAAGCAACGUUGA